UACACGUAUGAUGCAGUCUCCUCGACAUAUUCAACGUGAUCGACUCGACGUAUGACCAGCAGUCAGCCACCUCCUAUCCCACAUCAUAACUACACUCAUUCUUUCUCCUCCCACUUGAACGGGAGAGUAAAGGUACGGCCGUCGGAUGCUCGGGGGGCACAGGGAAGCAUCGGAUAUCCCGUGUGAUCAUUCAUUUUGAUGGGUUUUCAUGAUUCGCUAGUACGGCUACCGUUCCCGAGCACCACCACGUCUAGUGUGGGCAUCCCUGAAAAAAACACUCGUUUUGUAACAUGCGGUGCUGCACUGCCAGCAGCAGUUCCUCAUGUUUUCAAGGAUACGGAUUUAACAGAAAUAUACUACUAUUAGUCUCACCUGGGAUUUCUGUUUACCCAUCAAAAGCGCAAGUAGCGUAGCUGAGUCCCGCUGUGCAUCAGUUGUAAAGAAAACAUUUUUUUUUCCACUGUAACGUUAUUUUAAACAGACGCGACGCUGAUUUUUUCUCCCUCGACCGCUUCGUAGCCACAAGUGAAGAAAUAACGGGGUAGGGGAUGGCCAAUGUCCAUGAUGAGCGCCAGGUGGUCCGAGAUGGUGGGAUCAGUGGAGCAGGCCAGGACCAGAAUGGUAGUCUCUGGCCAGGUUCGACCCCCAGCCCAAAGGCUCUGGAUGGUUCUUCCCCCAGCGCCGGCACCAUGAGCACCAUCUCCCCCACCGACUUCGACAGCCUGGAGAUCCAGCAGCAGUACAACGACAUCAACAACCGCUGGGACCUGGCCGCCGAGACCGACUGGGACAAUGAGAACAGCUCGGCACGCCUCUUCGAGCGCUCGCGCAUCAAGGCCCUGGCAGUAAGCGGAGUGGACAUGGAGUGGGAACAUCAGAGGGACCGGGAGCCAUGUUUGUCUCCGGCGGCGUUCGUUAAUCAGGUGCAAUACUCCAACAUCCUGGAGGGGAGGUUCAAACAGCUGCAAGACGAGCGUGAGGCCGUGCAGAAGAAGACCUUCACCAAGUGGGUGAACUCUCACCUGGGCCGCGUCACCUGCCGCAUCGGGGACCUGUACACGGACCUGCGCGAUGGACGCAUGCUCAUCCGCCUGCUGGAGGUCCUCUCUGGGGAGCAGCUGCCCAAGCCCACCAAGGGCCGUAUGCGUAUCCACUGCCUGGAGAACGUGGACAAGGCGCUGCAGUUCCUCAAGGAGCAGAAAGUCCACCUGGAGAACAUGGGCUCCCACGACAUCGUCGACGGCAACCACCGCCUCACCCUGGGCCUCAUCUGGACCAUCAUCCUCCGCUUCCAGAUCCAAGACAUCAGCGUGGUGACAGAGGACAACAAGGAGAAGAGGUCUGCCAAAGACGCCCUGCUGCUGUGGUGCCAGAUGAAGACGGCUGGAUACCCUAAUGUCAACGUCCACAACUUCACCACGAGUUGGAGGGACGGCCUGGCGUUCAGUGCCAUCGUGCACAAACACAGAUCUGACCUGAUUGAGUUCGACACCCUGAAGAGGUCGAAUGCCCACCACAACCUCCAGAACGCUUUUAAUGUGGCGGAGAAGGAGCUGGGCCUCACCAAGCUGCUGGACCCAGAAGAUGUGAAUGUGGACCAGCCAGAUGAGAAGUCCAUCAUAACAUAUGUGGCUACCUACUAUCACUACUUCUCCAAGAUGAAGGCUCUGGCCGUGGAGGGAAAGAGGAUCGGCAAGGUGCUGGACUACGCCAUCGAGGCAGACCAGCUGAUCGACAAGUACGAGAGCCUGGCGUCGGAGCUGCUGCAGUGGAUCCAGCAGACCAUCCACACGCUCAACGACCGGCAGCUGGCCAACUCCCUCAACGGGGUGCAGAACCAGCUGCAGGCCUUCAACUCCUACCGCACCGUGGAGAAACCGCCCAAGUUCACAGAGAAGGGAAACCUGGAGGUUCUGCUCUUCACCAUCCAGAGCAAGAUGAGAGCCAACAACCAGAAGGUGUACAUGCCCCGCGAGGGGAAGCUCAUCUCGGACAUCAACAAGGCGUGGGAGCGUCUGGAGAAGGCGGAGCAUGAGCGUGAGCUGGCACUGAGGAACGAGCUAAUUCGCCAGGAGAAGCUGGAGAUGCUGGCGGCUCGUUUCGACCGCAAGGCCGCCAUGAGAGAGACCUGGCUCAGCGAGAACCAGAGGCUGGUGUCCCAGGACAACUUUGGCACGGACCUGGGCGCGGUGGAGGCGGCCACUCGGAAGCACGAGGCCAUCGAGACGGACAUCGGGGCGUACGGGGAGCGCGUGGCGGCGGUGGAGGCGGUGGCCCGGGAGCUGGAGGCGGAGAGCUACCACGACGUGCGGCGCGUGGCGGCCCGGCGCGACAACGUGCUGCGGCUCUGGGAGUACCUGAAGGAGCUGCUGGCGGCACGCCGCGAGCGCCUCCACGCCCACCGGGACCUGCAGCGCCUCCUGCAGGAGAUGCGCUACAUCAUGGACUGGAUGGGAGACAUGAAGGGACGGCUGCAGUCCCAGGACAGCGGGAAGCAUCUGCACGACGUGCUGGACCUGCUCCAGACCCACACCCUGGUGGAGGCCGACAUCUCCGCCCAGGCCGAGAGGAUCAAGGGCGUGCAGGCGGCCGCCCAGCGCUUCACCUCCCAGGACCAGCCAUACAAGCCGUGUGAGCCGGCGCUGGUGGUGGAGCGGGUGGACCUGCUGGGCCGGGCCUACGGGGAGCUGGGCCAGCUGGCGGUGGAGCGCCGCGACCGCCUGGAGGACUCGCGGCGCCUCUGGCAGUUCCUGUGGGAGCUGGGCGAGGAGGGCGCCUGGAUCCGGGAGCAGGAGCAGAUCCUGGCGGCGGCGGACUGCGGCCGGGACCUGACGUCGGCGCUGCACCUGCUCAGCAAGCACGAGGCCUUCCGGGACGAGAUGGCGGCGCGCUACGGGCCCCUGGGGACCAGCAUCGCGGCCGGAGAGGCCCUGGUGCAGGAGGGCCACGUGGGGGCCCCGGAGGUCACGGAGAGGAUCAGGGACAUCAGGGAGCAGUGGGCGCACCUGGAGGAGACCUCCCUGCUGAGGGAGCAGAGCCUGAAGGAGGCGGUGGCGCUGCAGCAGUUCCAGACGGACGCCAGCGACAUGGAGGCGUGGCUGGGGGACACCCUGCGGCAGGUGUCCAGCCAGGAGGUGGGCCACGACGAGUUCUCCACCCAGACGCUGGCCCGCAAGCAGCGCGAGGUGGAGGAGGAGAUCCAGAGCCACCGGCCCGUCAUCGACUCCCUCCAGGAGCAGGUGCUGGCGCUGCCCGAGGCCUACGCCCACGACCCCCAGGUGGACGGCCGCGUGCCCAGCAUCGAGCAGCGCUUCGCGGAGCUGGAGUCGCUGUCGGCGGCGCGGCGGCAGGCCCUGGAGGGGGCGCUGGCGCUCUACCGCAUGUUCAGCGAGUCGGGAGCCUGCCUGCAGUGGGUGGAGGAGAAGGAGCAGUGGCUCCACAGCAUGGCCAUCCCCACCAAGCUGGAGGACCUGGAGGUGGUGCAGCAGAGGUUUGAGACGCUGGAGCCAGAGAUGAACAACCUGGGCCUGCGGGUGACCGACGUGAACCAGGUGAACCAGCAGCUGCUGGGCUCAGAGAACCGGGACAAGGAGCAGAUCAACAGGACCCAAGAACAGCUCAACGACAGGUGGAAGGAGUUCCAGCAGCUGGCCGACCAGAAGAAGCUGGCGCUGGAGUCGGCCCUCAACAUCCAGAACUACCACCUGGAGUGCAACGAGAUCCAGAGCUGGAUGAAGGAGAAGACCAAGGUGAUCGAGUCCACCCAGCUGGGCAACGACCUGGCCGGGGUGAUGGCCCUGCAACGCAAGCUCACCGGCAUGGAGAGAGACCUGGAGGCCAUUCAGGUACGGGGAGAGAGACCUCUAGGUGUAUAUACUACAUAUAGAGAGAGACCUGGAGGCCAUUCAGGUACGGGGAGAGAGACCUCUAGGUGUAUAUACUACAUACAUCUGUGUGUGUGUGUGUGUGUGUGUGUGUGUGUGUGUGUGUGUGUGUGUGUGUGUGUGUGUGUGUGUGUGUGUGUGCAGGAGUACGUGCUGUCCCACACGGAGAUGCCCAGCAGCCUGCAGGGGGCGGAGGACGCCAUCAAGAAGCACGAGGACUUCCUGACCACCAUGGAGGCCAGCGAGGAGAAGAUCAGUGGCGUGGUGGAGUCGGGCCACCGCCUCAUCACCGACGGCAAUGCCACCGCCGACAAGAUCCAGGAGAAGGCCGACUCCAUCCAGGAGAGACAACAGAAGAACAAGCGGGCGGCCAACGAGCUGCUGGCUAAGCUGAAGGACAACCGAGAACUCCAGCACUUCCUGCAAGACGGACAAGAGCUGAAGCUGUGGAUCAACGAGAAGAUGCUGACGGCCCAGGACAUGUCGUACGACGAGGCCCGCAACCUGCACAGCAAGUGGCAGAAGCACCAGGCCUUCAUGGCCGAGCUGGCCUCCAACAAGGACUGGCUGGACAAGAUCGACAAGGAGGGCCAGGCGCUGGUGGAGGAGAAGCCGGAGCUGCAGCCGGUGGUGCAGCAGACCCUGGUGGACCUGCAGGGUCAGUGGGAGGAGCUGGAGGCCACCACAAAGACCAAGGCCCAGUGCCUGUUUGACGCCAACCGCGCCGAGCUCUUCACCCAGAGCUGCUCGGCGCUGGACGGCUGGCUGAAGAACCUGGAGGGCAAGCUGCAGAGCGACGACUACGGCAAGGACCUGACCAGCGUCAACAUCCUGCUGAAGAAGCACCAGAUGCUGGAGCACCAGAUGGACGUGCGGGAGAAGGAGGUGCAGGCGCUGCUCCAGGCCCAGGCCCUGACCCAGGAGGACGCCGGGCUGGCCGAGGUGGACGGCCAGCAGAGGCAGCUCACCGACAGCUACUCCCAGCUGCAGGCGCCCCUGCAGGCCCGGAGGCAGCAGCUGCUGGCCUCCAAGGAGGCGCACCAGUUCAACCGGGACCUGGAGGACGAGAUCCUGUGGAUGAAGGAGAGGAUGCCCCUGGCCACCUCUACGGACCACGGGAAAGACCUGCCCACCGUGCAGCUGCUGAUCAAGAAGAACCAGACGCUGCAGAAGGAGAUCCAGGGCCACCAGCCGCGCAUCGACGACAUCCAGCGGCGCAGCCAGGCCCAGAGCCAGGUGGACGGGGCGCGGCAGGCCGCCCUGGAGGGCCGCCUGGGGGAGAUGAGGGAGCUGUGGGCGCAGCUCAUCGCCGAGACGGACCGGCGCCACGACCGCCUGGCCGAGGCCAACCGCGCCCAGCAGUUCUACGCCGACGCCGCCGAGGCCGAGGCCUGGAUGGGCGAGCAGGAGCUGCACAUGAUGUCGGAGGAGAAGGCCAAGGACGAGCAGAGUGCCCUGGUGAUGGUGAAGAAGCACCAGACCUUGGAGCAGGCCCUGGAGGACUACGCCCAGACCAUCCACCAGCUGGCCAACAGCAGCCGCCUCAUGGUCACCAGCGAGCACCCCGAGAGCGAGAGGAUCACGCUGCGGCAGGCCCAGGUGGACAAGCUGUACGCGGGCCUGAAGGACCUGGCGGAGGAGCGGCAGGGCCGCCUGCGGGACCGGCUGCGGCUCACCCAGCUGAAGAGGGAGGUGGACGACCUGGAGCAGUGGGUCGCCGAGAGGGAGGUGGUGGCCGGCUCCCACGAGCUGGGCCAGGACUACGAGCACGUCACCAUGCUGCGGGACAAGUUCCGGGAGUUUGCCCGGGACACCAGCACCAUCGGCCAGGAGCGCGUGGACAGCGUCAACGGCCAGGCGGACGAGCUGAUCGAGUCGGGCCACCCGGAGAACGCCAGCGUGGCCGAGUGGAAGGACGGCAUGAACGAGGCCUGGGCCGACCUGCUGGAGCUCAUCGACACGCGCACCCAGAUGCUGGCCGCCUCCUACGAGCUGCACCGCUUCCACCAGGACGCCGGCGAGGUGCUGGGCCGCAUGCAGGAGAAGAGGCAGGCCCUGCCCGCCGAGCUGGGCCGCGACCUCAACACGGUGCAGCACCUGCACCGCCAGCACACGGCGCUGGAGAACGACAUCCAGGCGCUCAGCGGACAGGUGAACCAGGUGCAGGACGACGCGGCGCGGCUCCAGAAGGCGUACGCCGGGGAGAAGGCGGAGGACAUCCAGAAGAGCGAGCGCGCCGUCACGGCCGCCUGGGAGGGGCUGCAGGAGGCGGGCCAGGCGCGCCGGCACCUCCUGCUGGACACGGUGGAGAAGUUCAGGUUCUUCAACAUGGUGCGCGACCUCAUGCUCUGGAUGGACGGGGUCCACCUGCAGAUGGACGCCCACGACAGCCCCAGAGACGUGUCGUCGGCAGGGCUGGUCAUCCUCAACCACCAGGACAUCAAGUCAGAGAUUGAGACCCGGGCGGAGAACUUCACCGCCUGCAACGAGAUGGGCCACACCCUCAUCAACAACAACCACUACGCCUCCGACGAGAUCCGAGAAAAGCUGUCUCAGCUGCAGGAGAAGAGGGAGAUGAUCAACAAGAAGUGGCAGGACAAGAUGGACCACCUGCAGAUCGUGCUGGAGGUGCUGCAGUUCGGCCGGGACGCGUGCGUGGCCGAGUCGUGGCUGGCGGGCCAGGAGCCGCUGGUGCGCGCCGCCGAGCUGGGCGCCAACGUGGACGAGGUGGAGAGCCUCAUCAAACGCCACGAGGAGUUUGAGAAGCUGGCCGCGGGCUGGGAGGACCGCUUCGUCCUGCUGGAGAAACUCACCACGCUGGAGGAGCAGGACCGCCAGAAGAGGCUGGAGGAGGAGGAGCGAGCGAGGAGGCCGCCCACGCCCGCCCCCACGGAGGAGGCCGCCCAAUCAGAGGCUGAGAGCCAGCUCCACGAAUCAGCAGCCAGGACCAGCCUAGACCAGACCACCCUGAACCAGUCUAUUUCGGUUAACGGAGUACACAGCGACAAUGACACUUCACAGGGAUCCGAGACGGACUCGAUCAACGGCCCGGGACGGGACAGCGGGCUGGCGUCGUCCCGCCUCGACCCGUCCGCCACGCUGCCCAGCAGGGGGGCCGCCGGGUCGGAGCCGGAGGCCCAGGAGGGCAUCCUCUGUCGCAAGCACGAGAUGGAGACGCACAGCAAGAAGGCCGCCAACAGGUCGUGGCAGAACGUGUACUGUGUGCUGAGGAAGGGGAGCCUGGGCUUCUAUAAGGACAACAAGAGCGCCAGCAACGGCAUCCCCUACCACGGGGAGGUGCCCAUCAGCCUGGGGGAGGCAGUGUGUGAGGUGGCCAACGACUACAAGAAGAGGAAACACGUCUUCAAGCUACGGCUUGGAGACGGAAAGGAGUUCCUGUUCCAGGCUAAGGAUGAGGCGGAGAUGAGUGCCUGGAUCAGCAGCAUCCACAGCACCAUCCCCGCCGUGGGCCCCGGGGACUCUCCCGUGGGGCCCCGGAACAUCGGCCGAGCCAUGACCAUGCCCCCCAUCUCGCCCAGCGCCGGAGGGGACGCCGCCGCCGCCGCCGCCGCCACCGUCACCAUGCGCAACAAGGACGGCAAGGAGAAGGACCGCGAGAAGAGGUUCAGCUUCUUCGGCAAGAAGAAAUAGAAAAUGAUUGGGGAAAGAUUCUGAGAAGAAAUCGAAGAUUCAGAAGAUUGAGGAUGGAGGUGGAAAAAAAAAACAUUGAUGGAUAUACAAUGAUUGUCAACUUUUCAGCCGAGCUUAUUCAAGGGCGGAAAGGAAAGCACCCUCAUCUUACACACACACACUCACACUCACACACACACACACACACACACACACACACACACACACACACACACACACACACACACACACACCGUUCCCCCAGUGCCGUUCCGGAGGAGAAGAUGGAGGACAGUGUUGUGUCUUACAUGGACCCUUCUUUCUUUCUUUGUUGUUCCGUUUCAUCAUUCCUGCUUCUAGCAUUUGAUCCCACAUUCUCCCGCAGCCAACAGACCAGUCAGUUCAUUGGCUAUCCGCAACAUGUUAGCGCCGGUUAUACACAAAAGGUUGUGUCGUGAUUGAGAUGUUAGUUCCAUUUCCGUUUCCAAGGUGAUUCCAAGUCGAAUUCCGCUUCCAGGACCGGACAAUGAUUGUUUUAGUUUCUUCCUGGAUCCUAGUUUUAGUUCCUUCUGAUGCUGUGUCACUAACAUCACAACAUGGACGGCUGAAGUGCAGACGCGUUCAAGUCUUCUCCCGUUUCUCUCUCUCUCUCUCUCCCCUCCAUCUCUCUGGACGGACAUCUUCUGCUCUCUCUCUCUCUCCAUCUCUCUGGAAGGAUAUCUCACUCUCCCCCUCUCUCUCGGGAAGGAAUUCUCGCUGUCACGGGAAGGACAUUACUUUGUUUCUCUUUUGCUUUUGGUGUUGAUGUUAUUAACAUGACCAAAUAUAUUGCUAUUAUUGUUAUUGUUAUUAUUAUUUAUCUUCUGGCAAUGCAGGUUGGAGCAAGAGAAGCUAUUAACUAUGAGAGUAAUGGGUGACCUUGAUUCAUGUUGUGAAAAAUAAUAAUUUGGUUUAACUGGUGGAGAAUGUUGGGCUUGCUUCUGUAUUCUUGUUUUUUUAUUUUUUAGGAAUGACAGUUGAUUGAGGUGUUUUUUUUUGAGACACAAAAAUAAAGCUCAACACAUUUUAGCCGUGUGCAGUAAGUGAUCGCGAGUUUCAACAUUGGGGACAUAUUAUAUAUAUUUAAAGUGGUUUCAUUUUAAUUAUUUGGUUCUUUCUUUCGUUUUGCUUGUACUGGAUUAUUUCCUUGGAGUGAUCUCCUGCUCGGUGUUAUACUUUCUUGUGGAUGUAUAAAGCAGAGGAGAUUAGUUUUCUAGUCGUUGUGUGUGAGACUUGUGGUGGUUUGGAUUUUGCACGUUUGUUAUUCCUGAUCAAGAGAUCUAAUUCGCUGCCCUCCUGCCCUACACGCCAUGCACACAGCAGACCGACACACAGCAGACCAACCAUACGCACGCAUCUCGGACGUCUCCAAAAACCGGCUUUUUUGUUUUUUUAUAAAUUUUUUCCACAAUUGUAUUACCAUUAUAAUUAUAAUGAUCAUAAUUAUUAUUUAGAAGCUGUUAUUACCAGUGCACCACACAUUGCGUCAGAACCGUUCCCAGUCUAUGAGUUUCUCCAAUUUAUUAUAAUUUAUAAUAGUGAUUAAAGUGGGGGGUCGGGGCCCGGGGGGCCGAGGGACCCCAGCUGGAAGCCAGCGGCGUGCCCCCCGGCAGGAGGGACCAGGCGACGGCGUGGUGGGGGCCACCGGCCGGACCGUGAGGAGUGUCAUAGUGAAGAACGUUCCUUAAUGCUCCUGGCCGGAGGCGGGGGGCAGAGCCUAACCAAACCCCCACGGCUCCUUCACAGCUUCAGGCUGUGAACAUAACAAGAAUGUUUUGAUAACGUACGACCUAAUGUUUGUCGGCAGGCCAUCCCGAAGCCUCAUUUUAUGAAGGAGGUUUUGAAUUUGAUAAGAAAAACUCUUCGGUUUCGCAGAUGGGGGUUUCUAAGGAGUCCUAAAUUAUAUUUAGAUGUGCUCUUGCAUUAUGUGGCAUGAAUUUGCGUAGGUUUAUACUUGUACCAAUUGUUCCGUUGUGGUUUUGCCGUUCCCGCUCUCUGUCCCCCUGUCUGUCUGCGGAGAUGAGGAGUGUCUAUGUACCGGUUUCACCCUCGUCCAUUUCAGAACCAACAUGUAGAAGCGGCGGUCGUCCACUGAUCAGGGACUGUAGAGAGAACACUUCUCAAAGCAGGGUUGAAUGGGAAGGAAUACCAUUUGUCUAACACAGUGGUGGCACAGGCCUGCCCAUGGGAACAUUAGAGAUGCUCGUGAAUGGACAUCUACGGCAUUGUUGGUAAAACCUUCACUUCAAAAUGUGGUUUUUGUACUUGUAAAAUAAAGUAUGUAUAGUGAAUUAAAGUGUACUACUGAAUGAUUGAAAUCCCAGGUCAUCAGUAAGCGAUGACUAUGGGAUUUGAGGGUUCUUUUGAAAUCCAUUUUGAUUAUAGUAUUUCCACUCCCAACCAAGUCAAGCCUGGAUAUAAUACCAGAUCUUGGUUCCACCAAGACAACUCACUUAAUUUAAUUUCAAAUGAAUCCCAACCAAAAUGAUAGACACAACCCGAUAUUUUGUCUCUGAUGAAGUGAACUGCCUUCAGUUGAUCCCUGGAACAAUGUUAAUGCCUUACCUGGCGCUUUCUGUCUCUUGUGAGAGGAAACUCCUGGUUGACUUCUGAAUGCUGGAUGAAGAUAUGUGAUCAAUGUGUUUAUUAUUGGGGGGAAAAGAGCUACUGAGCUGGGGGCAUAUACCAUAAACAGUGAUUAUGGUCUCACACGGAGGCUUCUGAAAUCCAAGUGAAUUUAGUUCAUGUCUAUAAAGUAUUUUCUUAUCGCUUGAUUUGAAUGUUAAUCGUUAUGGUUCCAAAAUUGGUCAGGUAAAGCGAAAAAAGAAGAAAAAAAACCUUGUUAUUCCUGGUAUUUACACACACUCGCACUGUUUCUCCCAUCUCUUUUAUUUCACAUCACACAUACACCCUGGCAAUCCACUCUCAUCUUAAAAUGUUCUUGGCUAUAACUGGAAUCAGACUAUGAAUGCUGUUAAAAUAACAAUGUAUCACCACCUUUGACCACUCACCUCAUCAAGAAAGCAUUUUGCAAUCGAGGUCAAAGGGAUGGAUGCUAAGAUUAAGUUGUCUCGUUAAAGAGUUCUUGUAACAGUAAUAUACAAGAAAAAAAUGAUUGUUUUACUUGAUAAGUAUUUUAAGUGAGCGAUAAAAAGAUUGGCGCCAAUUUGAGCUUCCUUUUUGAAGAAGACAGGAAACGCUGUCUAGAAAGAGCUUGUAUUUUAUCAUUCAGUGGUCUGUCUUGCAGCAUUCAAUAAGCCUAUACAACCAACCUGCAUUUUCUCAUUUACUUUGACGAAUGUCUGUUCCUUCCUCUGUGAGUAUUUCAGAGUUGUUAAUACCACUACUAUUAUUAAUUACUAUUAUCAUUAUUGCUACUGUUAUUACUACUACUGUUACUAAUGCAACGUACUGCAUCUAUAACUGCUGUCCAUUUUCAGGUACGAGUCUGUAACUCCAGACCCUUCCACACGAUGUCAGUGUGCUGUGGAGCAUUUUCAUGACAGAUCGACAAAUGUUUGUUGACUUGUGUAUCUACAUCUAAUAUUAGGAAUAAUAAAAUGGUUUAUUCAAAACAA